CCUCCAAGCGCACUCAAGCCAGCCCUCGCAAGGAUUACCAUGACGAGCAUCUGCAGCAGCAACUUCCAGCAGCAGCACUACCAGCUGACCAACGGCAACAUCAUGUUGCUGCAGCACCAGCAACACCAGAGCCACCAGAUCCAGCAGCAGCAGCACCAGCUGAUCGCCCCCAAGAUGCCCCUGGGCACCAGCCAGCUGCAGAACCAGCAGUCCAGCAUCGGGCCCAUGGCGCAGAAGAAGAAGUUCAACUACAGCAACAUGCCCUACGGCGAGCAGUUGCCCUCGGUGGCCCGCCGGAAUGCCCGGGAGCGCAACCGCGUCAAGCAGGUCAACAACGGCUUCGUCAAUCUGCGCCAGCACCUGCCCCAGACGGUGAUCAACUCGCUGUCGAACGGGGGCCGCGGCGCCAGCAAGAAGCUCUCCAAGGUGGACACCCUGCGCAUCGCCGUCGAGUACAUCCGCGGCCUGCAGGACAUGCUGGACGAUGGCACUGGCUCAUCCGCAUCGCGCCACAUCUACAACUCGGCCGACGAGAGCAGCAACGACGGCAGCAGCUACAACGACUACAACGACAGCCUGGACAGCAGCCCGCAGCAGUUCCUCCUGGGCGCCGGCCAGCUGAACUCCGUGCCGGCCCACUCCUACCACUCCGCCUCGCCCACGCCCUCGUACUCCGGCUCCGAGGUCUCCGGCUAUGUGAAGCAGGAGCUGCCCGAGCAGGACCUCAAGUUCGAGUCCUUCGACAGCUUCAGCGACGAGCAGCCCGACGACGAGGAGCUCCUCGACUACAUCUCGUCCUGGCAGGAGCAGUGAGUGGAUCUCAUCGAAAGCCUCCACAGAAAAGCCAAAAACGAACCUGUACAAAUUGUAAAUACCGCGCAUUGUUGCCUUAGUGAGUGAGAAACCAAGUCCCAGAUUCUACGCUAGCCCCUAAGUACCACCCGACCCACACUUUUUUUUGACCUAGCCUAAGACCAUGGAAGACAAUGAUAUAAAACACGUAUUUUUUUCAUAGUUCUAAGUUUGUUAUAAGCAUGG